AUGUUCCGCAGGGAAGUUUUAGAGGCAGAAAUGAUGCAGAUGAACGUGACUGUGGAGAAGGAGAGACACAACUGGCUCUCUCCUUCACACCCGUUCUACGACGACGGCUGGGCUCCUCCAAACUCCAGCAUCCCGGCUGCUCUCGACCUGGCCACCAUCAUCCCCAACCGGAUAUUUGUCGGGGGGAUCGAUGACGGGGUCCGGGAGAGAGACCUGUGGCUGUAUUUCUCACGAUACGGUGCGGUGAAGGAGGUGAAGGUCGUCCUGAACCGUGAAGGAGUAUCAAUAGGGUACGGGUUUGUCACGUUCGAAACUCAGGAAGAGGUCUUGAAAAUCCUCAGCAACGCUGACGGCUUCCGUUUCAAAGAGAAGCAGCUGGUCAUCGGCCAGGCCUUUAGAAAGCAGCAGCCUAGUGAACAAACAAAAUGCACUCUUCUGACCCCACUGGAGCCGGGCCUGCCUCAUCAUGUGCCCUGUGAGACCUUCUUCCUGACCACGUCCACAGGUUGUCCCUACACCUACCAUAACGGCGUGGCGUACUUCUACUGCGCCAGCGUGCCCCACUGCUCUCAUGCGCCUCAGCUGAUGUUCUGUCACCCCCAGCAGCCGGUUCAGCACUACCCGCAGGUGCUGAUGCCCUCCGGUGCAGGGAUCUACGCUCAGCACGCCGAGUACCUGAACCCGCCCACUGAUGGAGGCUCCUUCCUGCCUCCUGUCCCUGUGAUGGAGGACGUCUCGCCAGAGAUGUUUCCUCCGUCUCACGUCCCUCAGAAGACAAAGUACGGGUGCUUCCUUCACCGCCUGCCGGGACCAGCGGAGACGCCGGACGCCUUGGUGUUCCACGAAGCGUCCUCAGGUUCCCACAUCCAGCACCACCAGCACUCGGGUCGUUUCCUCUCCCUUCAUGAACUGAACCGUCGAGCGUGA